AUGGCCCAGCUGGAGCGCCGCUUGUCGCGGCUGGAGCAGCAGGUGCAGCCGGAAGACGCCCAGGACGAAGAAGAAGUCGACCCGGCCACGAUGCCCACGACCUACGACUCAGCGCUGGUCCUUUCUCAGAGCAUCGCCGCUCUUCCAGAUCGACUCCAGGCCUUCAGCGGGGAGCUCAAGGAGAAGUACGAGCCCAACAAGGAUCUCGUGGACAUGAUGGGGAAGGACUGGCAGAAACGGCGCUCCUUUUCCACGAAGAUGAAUUAUCAGCCGUACAAGAACACCUUGGAGGAGCUCUAUGCCUUCUGCAAGGAGAAAGCGCCGGUUUUCUUCGCUAAAGUGCGGGCGGUGGCAGAACGCACCGGCGGGCGGAACGUCGAGCCGCCCCUGAAAGGCAUGCCAAGGUGCCGGGACAAGGCGCAGUUCAAGUACAAGGACAAGAAGGGCGAAAUUUCGUGGCACAGGUUGACCGACAUCGUGAGGGACACCAUCGUCUAUAAGAAUCUGGAUGACAUGUACAAAGGUCUCCGAGCGAUCCACGAAGACGAGCAGAUCGACAUUAUCGAGUGUAACGACCGUUACAUGAACCCGCUCGACGGAGGGUAUCGUGACCUUCAGCUGAGCCUCCGCAUCGACGGGAUGGUCUGCGAGCUGCAGCUGAACACGAAGUGGAUGUUGCACGUGAAAGAGAACGCGGGGCACCGGGCCUUCGAGGUCUCCCGCGAGGUCAUGGCAGCAGUUGCAGAGCCGAAUGCUGUGGAGAGGUGCCACAACAUCCUGCAGUGGGGUAAGGAGAACCUGGGCCCCAACGCCGACGCCGAACUCCAGGAGAUGCUGAAUGACGACAAGAAGGGUCUCCUUCACAAGGCGGCGAAGGCGGGCAACGCGCACCUCGUGAGCAUCUUCUUGGCCUUCCGUGCGGACGUGAACCACACGGAUCCCAAGAUGAUGCGGACGCCGCUGCACGAAGCCAUGGCGCAGGGCCACGAGCGGGCGAUGUGGGCCCUUCUCUGUUCUCGCGCCGACCUCCAAGCUCGAGAUAAGGACGGCCAGGUGCCCCUCCUGGAUGGCUUGUUGAAGCUUCGCCAGUCGGGAGGCGAUGAAGGCGUCGCGCGCCUCGUCUCCGUGGCCGUCCAGUGUGCAGACGGCGGUCUGGACCAGCUGCGCGAGGCGAAGGAUGAUCUGGGUGCUGCCGUGAAGCGCCGGCUGGUCCAAAGCCAGGAACUGAUUGCAUCCUGUGCCGGCCUCAACACAGAGUCUUUGAAGCCCCCUCCGACAGUCGUUGUGGAAACUUUAGCCACGAAGGGGGCCGAAGCCCGCCCGGCCAAGUGCUUUUUUUGCAGCAGCAAAGCCUUCCUCUUUCAGUUCGAGCUCGUCAGCUCGUCCGAAUCCUUCGACUUUCGAGAGGAUUGUGAGAUCUGCGCCGAUGGCAACCUUCCCAAGGUCCAGCAGCUGCUGGCAGAGUGGGCCGACCCCAACACCCCCAGCAGUGCGAAAGACGGUCACCCCCCGCUGCACGCGGUGCUGCUUCGACCGCAAGGCCUCCAGCCAGUCCACUUCGAGAUCCUGAGGGCUCUGCUGGACCUGGAUGCCGACCUUGGCGUCACCACGGCAAUGGCAGCUGGAGAAACCCCUCGCACCUUCACACUACUGCACUGCGCACUCCACUCGAAAAGUGGCAAAGCACUGAAGAUGCUAGCAGCCGCCGGGCUCCGGCACGAUGGGAAGCCGCUCAGCGAGGGGCUCGAUUCAGAGGCCCUGCGAAGCGAAGAGCCCUCGGUCUGGUCGAUGCUGGCGUUCUUGGAGGAGCAGCGGGUGCAGCUGCUGGACUGGUCCCUGGUGUCUGUGGGGGAGAUGUUGGAGCUGGGGGCCACUCCUGGCGAGGUCAAGGCACUGCACAACCAAGCAGGCCUGGAGACCCCGGAAGAAUUCCUCCAACAGGUGGUGCUGAAGGGCUUCGGGCCCAAGGAACUGAGCAAGAAACUCCGGGAAGACCCCCACUUCCUGGCUCCCACACUUCCGAUGCCACCUUUCGAUGCCGUGGGAGAGGCCCUGCAGAAGGCACCCGCAGAUCUUCGGAACGACCGCGACGUGGUCCUGGCCUGCAUCAGCCACGAUGCCGCCUGCUUGGCCGAUGCGCCAGAGGCCCUGCGCUCGGAGCGAUCCUUCCUGCUGGAUGCAGUGCAGCGGCAUCCCCGAGCCCUCGAGUUCGCCGCGGGCUUUCGCGAGGAUCGUGACUUCGUCGCGGAUGCAAUGCGGCUCCAACCGGUGCUGGAGUUCGCUGGCCCCGCACUGCGCAGCGACCGGGAGUUGGCCUUGGAGGUCGCUCGGCAGGCACCUUGGGCGCUGGACCUGGUCGAUGCCCAGCUCCAAAGCGACGUGGCGUUGGCCUUCCAAGCCACGCAGGCGAGACGUCAAACUUUGCCGAUGCAUUGGGAACAGAGUCCGAAUGCUCAGUUUGCAAUGACUAUGACCGCUUCCGAGGCCUUGGCACGAUGCGGCACUCGGGACGUAGGCUUCUCCCAGAUGGCGGAGCUGCGCAGCGUCCCGCAUGACUCGCAGGUGCUCUGCGCCUGCGAUACAGGAGCGGGCAGGCUGGCGGUGGGCUGCGAGGACGGCACUAUCCUCCUCCACGACCUCGGCACCACCGAUGAGCCUGCCUCAAAGCUGGCGGGACACAAGAAGGCCGUGCACAGCCUUUGCCUGAUGUCUGAAGAUGUCCUGGCCAGUGGGUCCGCGGACAGCACGGUGCGCACCUGGAAUCUGCACAGCAAGGAAGCGCUGCAGGUCCUCAGCGGACACACGGACCUUGUGCGGGGCCUGGCGCGGCUCAAUGACACGCAGCUCGCGAGCGCAAGCGCUGACCAGACCGUGCGCCUGUGGAGUCUCGCCAAGCCGGAAGCGUGCCGAGUGCUCCAGGGCCACACCGACUGGGUGCGCUGUGUCUGCCUCACGACCAGUGGCAACCUGGUCAGCGGGAGCGACGACAAGACCCUCCGAGUGUGGAACCCCGAGACCGGCGAGGAGCAGCAGGAGCUGCGGGGCCACACACACUAUGUCCGCUGCCUCUGCCAGGCCUCGCCGGAGCUGCUGGCGAGUGGCAGCGCCGACCAAACGGUGCGGUUCUGGAGCCUCAGCACCUGGACCACCGUGCGGGUCCUGGAAGGCCUCACAAGCUUUGUCUCCUCGCUGUGCCUCCUGGCACCCAACCACCUCGCAGCUGCCGAUGGCAAUGGCCGACUCCGGGUCUGGGCGGUGCAGAGCGGCGAGCCGCUGCACAUUCUCAAGGGUGCCCACAGCAAAGAGAUCCGAGCCCUUGUGAUGGCGAAGGUGAGGGGAGAGCACGUGCUGUGCAGCGGCAGCGAGGACUCGACCCUGAAGCUCUGGCAGCUGCAGGCCCUGGGGAAGGGGGACGUUGGCUGA